UAUAUGUAACUGGAGAAGAAAAUAUUGAAGAAAGAGAUGGCUCCAAGAAGAUUAACCAUGAUGACGAUGACCAUAAUGAUGAUGAUGAUGAUGAUGAUGAUGAUGGAUAACAUAUGCAUACGUGCUCAGGAUAUUUCCAGAGGCAGUUUCCCAAAGGGCUUUGUCUUCGGAACUGCUUCUUCUGCUUUUCAGUACGAGGGAGCAGUAAAAGAAGAUGGAAGAGGUCCUACGAUAUGGGACACAUUCUCCCACACUUUCGGUAAAAUCACCGAUUUUAGCAACGCCGAUGUUGCUGUUGAUCAGUACCAUCGUUACGAGGAAGAUGUACAGCUCAUGAAGAACAUGGGAAUGGACGCUUAUAGAUUUUCCAUUUCGUGGGCACGCAUCUUCCCAAAUGGCGUGGGACAAAUAAACGAAGCCGGAAUCAAUCAUUACAACAAACUCAUAGAUGCUUUACUUGCUAAAGGGAUCGAGCCGUAUGUGACGUUGUACCAUUGGGACCUUCCUCAAGCACUACAUGGUCGAUACCUCGGUUGGUUGAACCCACAAAUCAUCAAUGAUUUUGCUGCAUAUGCAGAGGUUUGCUUCCAGAGAUUUGGAGAUAGGGUGAAACACUGGAUCACUUUCAAUGAGCCACAAACAUUCUCAAUACAUGGCUAUGCCAUUGGUCUACAAGCUCCAGGCCGUUGCUCUAUUCUAUUUAAGCUCACUUGUCGCUCUGGAAACUCAUCCACCGAGCCUUACAUCGUCGGUCACAAUGUUAUUCUCUCUCACGCCACCGUAUCCGACAUCUACAGGAAAAAGUAUAAGGCAAAGCAAGGAGGUUCAUUAGGGUUAGCUUUUAAUGUAGCGUGGUUUGAACCGGAGUCAAACAAGACAGAAGACAUUGAAGCUGCACAAAGAGCUCAAGACUUUCAGCUUGGCUGGUUUUUGGACCCGUUGAUGUUUGGGGAUUAUCCAAGUUCGAUGAGAAGUAGAGUCGGAAGCAGACUACCAGUGUUUACGGGAUCUCAAUCUGUUCUGGUGAAGGGUUCACUAGACUUUGUUGGGAUUAAUCAUUACACAACGUACUACGCAAGGAACAAUGCCACCAAUCUCAUGGGCACUGUCCUAGAUGGUGCCAUUUCUGAUUCUGGAACCGUCACUCAACCUUUUAAGGGUGUAACCCCAAUUGGAGAUAGGGCCAAUUCUUUAUGGUUGUACAUAGUGCCUAGAGGGAUGAGAAGCGUGAUGAACUAUGUCAAGCAUAGAUAUGGAAACCCUCAAGUCUUUAUCACUGAAAAUGGAAUGGACGAUCCAAACAACAUUCUGAUUCCAAGAGAAGAAGCUCUCAAAGAUGGGAAGAGAAUCAGAUACCAUCAUGAUUAUCUUUCGAACUUACAAGCUGCGAUUAAAGAGGAUGGAUGCAAUGUGAAAGGAUACUUUGUGAUAAUUUGUGGGAUUAUGAGAGCUUCUAAGUGUUUUAACCGUGAUGAAGCACACGAACAAAGUAAAAAAGGAGUGAAGUAACCGUAAGUAUUUGAGAGAGAAGAGAAAUUUGAGAAUUUAAGAGAAUGAGAGGAUUUGUGAGAUUGAGAGAAUGAAAGAAAUGUUUGUAUUGAAUUGUGUGUUUAAUUGUGUAACAUACAUGGUGUAUUUAAAGGAAACAAAAGCAAUAAGCACUCAAUGGUGGAAGAAUAAAUAACU